UGCCGCCCCUUAAGCCUUCCAAAACACUGGUACAGCUGCUGUCCUUUUCCUACUACCUCUAGAAAUAUUCUUGCCACUAGCGGCGGCAGUAGAACUCAAUUACCCACUUGGCUCUAUCUCAAGAAGCUCCAGAUGGCGUCUUCCGUGGGCAACGUGGCCGACAGUACAGAACCAACGAAACGUAUGCUUUCCUUCCAAGGGUUAGCUGAGUUGGCACACCGAGAAUAUCAGGCAGGAGAUUUUGAGGCAGCUGAGAGACACUGCAUGCAGCUCUGGAGACAAGAGCCUGACAAUACUGGUGUCCUUUUAUUACUUUCAUCUAUACACUUCCAGUGUCGAAGGCUGGACAGAUCUGCUCACUUUAGCACCUUGGCAAUUAAACAGAAUCCCCUCCUAGCAGAAGCCUAUUCGAAUUUGGGGAAUGUAUACAAAGAAAGAGGGCAGUUGCAAGAAGCAAUUGAGCAUUAUCGACAUGCCUUGCGGCUCAAGCCUGAUUUCAUUGAUGGUUAUAUUAACCUGGCAGCAGCCUUGGUAGCAGCAGGUGACAUGGAAGGAGCAGUGCAAGCUUACGUUUCUGCUCUUCAGUACAAUCCUGAUUUGUACUGUGUUCGCAGUGACCUGGGGAACCUGCUCAAAGCCCUGGGUCGCUUGGAAGAAGCCAAGGCAUGUUAUUUGAAAGCAAUUGAGACGCAACCAAAUUUUGCAGUAGCUUGGAGUAAUCUCGGCUGUGUUUUCAAUGCACAAGGGGAGAUUUGGCUGGCAAUUCAUCACUUUGAAAAGGCUGUCACGCUUGACCCAAAUUUUCUGGAUGCUUAUAUCAAUUUAGGAAAUGUCUUGAAAGAGGCACGCAUUUUUGACAGAGCGGUGGCAGCUUAUCUUCGUGCCUUAAGUUUGAGCCCAAAUCAUGCCGUGGUGCACGGCAACCUGGCUUGUGUAUACUAUGAGCAAGGCCUAAUAGACCUGGCCAUCGACACCUACAGACGAGCUAUAGAACUGCAGCCACAUUUCCCUGAUGCUUACUGCAACCUAGCAAAUGCUCUCAAAGAGAAGGGCAGUGUUGCUGAGGCAGAAGAUUGUUAUAACACAGCUCUUCGCCUGUGUCCUACCCAUGCAGACUCUUUGAAUAACCUUGCCAAUAUCAAACGGGAACAGGGCAACAUUGAAGAGGCAGUCCGCCUGUAUCGAAAAGCAUUAGAAGUCUUCCCAGAGUUUGCUGCUGCACAUUCCAAUUUAGCAAGUGUGCUGCAACAGCAGGGCAAGCUGCAGGAAGCGCUGAUGCAUUAUAAGGAAGCCAUACGAAUCAGCCCUACAUUUGCUGAUGCUUAUUCUAAUAUGGGAAACACUCUGAAGGAGAUGCAGGAUGUUCAGGGAGCUUUGCAGUGUUAUACCCGUGCCAUUCAGAUUAAUCCUGCCUUUGCAGAUGCACACAGCAACCUGGCUUCCAUUCACAAGGAUUCAGGAAAUAUCCCAGAAGCCAUAGCUUCUUACCGCACAGCUCUGAAACUUAAGCCUGACUUUCCUGAUGCUUACUGUAAUUUGGCUCAUUGUCUACAGAUUGUCUGUGAUUGGACAGACUAUGAUGAACGAAUGAAGAAAUUGGUUAGUAUUGUAGCUGAGCAGCUAGAGAAGAAUAGGCUGCCUUCUGUACAUCCUCAUCACAGUAUGCUGUACCCUCUUUCCCACGGCUUCAGGAAGGCUAUUGCAGAGAGGCAUGGGAAUCUCUGCUUAGAUAAGAUUAAUGUCCUUCAUAAACCACCAUAUGAACAUCCAAAAGACUUGAAGCUCAGUGAUGGACGAUUGCGUGUAGGAUAUGUGAGUUCUGACUUUGGAAAUCACCCUACUUCACACCUUAUGCAGUCUAUUCCAGGCAUGCACAAUCCUGAUAAAUUUGAGGUAUUCUGCUACGCCUUGAGCCCAGAUGAUGGUACAAACUUCCGAGUGAAGGUGAUGGCAGAGGCUAAUCAUUUCAUUGAUCUUUCUCAGAUUCCGUGUAAUGGAAAAGCAGCUGACCGCAUCCACCAAGAUGGAAUCCACAUCCUUGUAAACAUGAAUGGGUACACAAAGGGUGCUCGAAAUGAGCUCUUCGCUCUCAGGCCAGCUCCUAUUCAGGCAAUGUGGCUGGGUUACCCUGGGACUAGUGGUGCACUGUUCAUGGAUUAUAUCAUCACUGAUCAGGAAACUUCCCCAGCUGAAGUUGCAGAGCAGUAUUCUGAGAAACUGGCUUAUAUGCCCCAUACGUUCUUUAUUGGAGAUCAUGCAAAUAUGUUCCCUCACCUAAAGAAAAAAGCAGUCAUCGACUUUAAAUCCAACGGGCACAUUUAUGACAAUCGGAUAGUUCUGAAUGGCAUCGAUCUCAAAGCAUUUCUUGAUAGUCUACCAGAUGUGAAGAUUGUCAAGAUGAAAUGUCCUGAUGCAGGUGACAAUGCAGACAGCAGUAACACGGCUCUUAAUAUGCCUGUCAUUCCCAUGAACACGAUUGCAGAAGCAGUUAUUGAAAUGAUUAACAGAGGACAGAUUCAGAUAACAAUCAACGGAUUCAGUAUUAGCAAUGGACUGGCAACUACACAGAUAAACAAUAAGGCUGCAACUGGAGAGGAGGUUCCCCGUACCAUUAUUGUAACCACCCGUUCCCAGUAUGGGCUACCAGAAGAUGCCAUUGUUUACUGUAACUUUAAUCAGUUAUAUAAAAUUGACCCUUCUACCCUGCAGAUGUGGGCAAAUAUUCUGAAACGUGUACCUAAUAGUGUGCUUUGGCUGCUGCGUUUUCCAGCAGUAGGAGAACCCAAUAUUCAACAAUAUGCACAAAAUAUGGGCCUUCCCCAGAACCGUAUCAUUUUUUCACCCGUGGCUCCUAAAGAAGAGCAUGUCAGGAGAGGUCAGCUGGCUGAUGUCUGCCUGGAUACUCCCUUGUGUAAUGGGCACACCACAGGGAUGGAUGUUCUCUGGGCAGGAACACCCAUGGUGACUAUGCCAGGAGAGACACUUGCUUCCCGAGUUGCAGCUUCUCAGCUCACUUGUCUAGGAUGUCUUGAGCUCAUUGCUAAAAGCAGACAAGAAUAUGAAGACAUAGCUGUGAAACUGGGAACUGAUCUAGAAUACCUGAAGAAAAUUCGUGGCAAAGUCUGGAAGCAGAGAAUAUCUAGUCCUCUGUUCAACACCAAACAGUACACAAUGGAAUUAGAGCGGCUCUAUCUGCAGAUGUGGGAGCAUUAUGCAGCUGGCAACAAACCGGAUCACAUGAUUAAGCCUGUUGAAGUCACUGAGUCAGCCUGAAUAAAGACUGCACACAGGAGAAUUACCCCAAUACCUGAGCCUCAAGCUUCUGGGGGAAAGGGAACUAGAUAACAUGCUUUUGUGCUUAUCUGUACAGUACUAUGUUGCAGAUGAGUGAUACAAUGGUAAUAGAAUAGCACAGCCAGACUUGCUUCCUGCAUGAUAGGGAGAGACAAGAUAAGAAAGAAACUGCUAUUCCACAAGGAGUCUCUGUAGAGUUUUGCAACAACCAGGUGGUACAGAGGUCUGGAAGGUCUAGUCUCCCUUGAUCUUCCAUGGGAUGCUUAAUGUGGAGGGAGAGAGAGAUUGACCAGCCAUUUUGUGAUUCCAUGGAUUGAUGGAAUCUUCUGAUCCUUUGUUUUUUCCCUUUAUAUUUUGGGUAUUGGAGCUUUUACAAAUGUUUGCUUUCAGGUAUUUUUACUUAUGUGACGUGUUCUUGAAUCUUUGGAGAUAAGGUUUUAAACUAAAAUGUUGCUUCCUGUUUUAGUGUCUGAACGUUGACAGGGUGACAGGGGACCUUGCUGGUGUAGUCUUUUUAUAGGUUUUAUAAACCACUUGAGCCUAUAUCAGUCGUUUUAGUGUCUGACCUAAUGCUUGGCGCUACCAGUGCUUUGUUGAUUUAGUUGACUCAAGAUUUUUCGGCCUGUUUGCCAUUUCUUUUCCCCCAGCCUCCCUUUAAAUUCUCCUGUGACUGCUAACAAAACAAAGUCUGGCUUCAGACAUCCCAGAGUGUUUCUCUUAAACACGCCAUCUGGUGCCAAAUGAAAAUUCUUAGGAGUGAAUAUUAGUCAUGAAGGUCACAGUUGUGUACUGUUAUUGAUAAUGAUGUAGAUUUUUUUUGUCUAAGUUUUACCUAUUUCACCAGUGUUUAAGCCCUUGACUGCCCCUCCUAUGCUGCUUCCAAAAGUGAUAGUGUGUUAUAAGAUUUUUACCUUCUUUUCUAAAGUUUGUUUUUUUUUUUAAA